UGUGAGUCUGUGCACACCUGAUCAAAGUUCUCCUUCAGUAUCAUCACGAGAAGGUUGGGCUUCUGUUCCAUCAUCAUGGGUCAUUGGAUUUGUAACUAAUUUACUGCCUAUAUAUGGUGAUGAUUCACAAUUCAGGGAUAAUUCAGUCACUAAAGAUCUAGCAAAUUUUUACCUUUGUGUUACAAAUACAUCCCCUGAAGCACCAGGCAGUGAGAUCUGCAAACUGUGGUAUCAUUACAUGGAUGCCGUGCAGAAAAAACUGCAAAAUGACAAUUUUAUUUAAAAGCAAAUGCGCAAUUUCUGAAAGGUUGCAAAACAAAAAUAGGGAAGAUCUCAUAUGAUUCUAGGAAGUAAAACCAGAAUAUGCUGAACUGCAUAACUGCACGACCAUCCAUUUUCAAAAGGAUUGUUAAGUGUCUUUUGCAGGGUUAAGACCUGAAGAGGAAACAUCUACCAGGACCAGCAAGGUGUUUCUCAGAUGUUCAGGCACACAGAUGAUGAGGAGACACAUACUGUCACAAGGACCAAGUGACAGCCAUGGAGAAAGACAGCAAGCAGAAGUUAAAAUAAAGAACGACGUAGAGAAUAACGAGUGGGUGGGAGCGCUCGUCAACCUACGGAGAUGUGUGCAGUACAGUGUGCACUGCUUAGGCGCAGACCUCAGCGCAGACCUCAUCAUUGCCAAUAAGCAGCAAUGCCGGCUUCCCUGAAGAGCCUUCAGCAGAUGGCCAUCUUUGUCACCGUGGUGACAGGAGGAGGCUGCUCAGUGAUGUACUACCUGAUGCAAAAGAACUUCUCCAGGUCUGAUUACUGUCGCCUGGCCCUUGAGCGCCUGGAGGCCCACCCUCCAGCCAUGGAGAGCCUGGGCGCCCCCCCUCUGCGAGCUCACAAUAUCCGGCUGACAGAUCGGCACAACCGCGUGGACCCUGCCAGGGCUCAGAUAAAAAUCCCCGUGUCAGGGACGAAAUCGGCCGGCUACCUCUACACAUCCUCGACGAGGGAUGUACGCCUCAACAGGUGGUGUCUGCAGGAAGCGGUGCUCUUACUGCGGGACGGCCGGCGGAUCGAUGUCCUUGGAGCCGGCGCUGAAACCCCAGACCCCCCCUCACCCCAGGACUUUGGUUUUUAAUGCUUGUAAUCACCUCCCCCAUCCUCCUUCUCCAGGACCCUAGGGAUGGCGGUACCUUAACCAUAUUAGCACAGACACAGGAAGGGAACCCAGGCAGACAGAACUGGCUGAAGGAGACGUCCCGCCUUUUUCAGUGUAAUAAUAACAAGAUUGUCCAUUAAAUUGUGUUUGUUAUUUACACUGCACACACUGAUUUAUCUCUGGUUUGCUAGUAGUUAGCUAGCAACGUGGGGCUAGCAGAUGCUAUGCAGCAGUUAACUCACAACUGGAUCUGGUGUCAGUUGUCCUGUGCUUAGGGAUACCGUACUCCUGUUCAACUGAUUUCAGAUUAAAAUGAGAAUGAUGAACGUGAGCCCAUUAGCCAUGGUACUAGUAAUAAAUCACAUACGGUUGUGUGCAAUAUUUUCACAGCAAUA